AGAGCCUCCAACAACAUAGGAGGUCUUAGAACCUUAAAUUACAACAGGGGACAGCGAUUGUAGUGUAUACAUUUGGGUCCCACUUGUUUUUGAGGAGGUUUUGAAGAAAAUUUAACAUCAGUUCUCCAUAUUUACUGUUGAGGGUUGUAACUGAAACAACUUGGUUCCUUCUCAGCAUCUGAGUUGGAUUUUUAUCUGGAUCAGUGACUUUGAUACCAUUUAAUAACUGCUAAUCACUUCUUAAUGAAUGCAUCAUGUUGGAUUGUUACUCUUCUCCUCAGCCACAGUGAUGUGAUUGAGGUGUAGGAGUAACAAUCACUUGUGUUUGUGUAACCCUUUUAACACGAUAGUGAUGCCGAGAGUUGGUUCCAACAAAGGUAUGGUCCAACAGCAGAUCGACAACAACCUGCUGCGGCAGUCAUCCGCAAAAUCACUCAAGGUUGGAAUAACGCAAUUUGAGAUCCAUCGAAACAAAGUACCAAAAAAAGUUAAACUAUUGGAUGUGAAAUUGUCAUUUUCCUAUCAGGAAGACUUUACCACCAAAACUGAGCGUCUUGAAAGACAGCUUGUUCGUCAUGGCAAGAAAUGGACAUGGCAGCCGACUGAUGGUGACAAAAGUAUCUUGACAUUUUCAUAUGCACCUGGUGACAGGGUUAACCUGAAUUUCGGACUUAUUGUUCACAAGACAAAAAGAAUGGGUGUGUUCAGUAGUGAGACUCUUACCACACAAGUUGGAAAUGUUACAGAGUGCAUAGUGCUGGCAAAGAAUAGUGGGGUAGGGGUGGCACUUCCAAUCAACACCACAAUCCACCACCAUUUUCGUCUAAACUUCAAUCUAGGUGGAUAUGGCCACCAUAUGACUGUUAAAAUGAGGUUGGAGCAGUUAGGGGAAACAAAAGCAAAUCCAUCACUUUGGCUGCGACCUUGCUCCAUGGAGAAACCCUUCCGAAGUGCUGGUUCCUUACUUUCCAUCCUUAAGGAUGCUGACAGUUUCCCACCCCGACAAAAGUCAAUUGAUGAAGAAAAUGCAAGGAGCUACAUAUGUUCCAACCAAAGAUUGGUCAACAGUAAUCGAUCAGCAGUGGUGGAGUGCUGGUCAGUUCGGCCAUGUCUGAGCGAGUCUGACAUUCCGUCCGGUAUCCAGAUCCGACAAGUGGCCACAAACAAGCCAGUGGCAUGUCUUCUUCCAGUUGUUGAAAACAUCAGCGGCAUUUUUGAUGGAUCAGUGAACCAGAGACACUUGAAGCUGUCGAUUUUGGUCAUAUGUCCAGAGGGUCCAUUCUGCCUAUGUUCAACCAAGUGGAGAAGUCCUGACAAGUUUGACUUGAAGCUGUACUACUAUGAUGGUGAAGAGACGUGGGGUCAGCGCAUCAAGUGGGCAGCGCGAGACUUCCUGGACAUUGACCACAUCAUUAUGAACAGCACUGGUCAUCAGUACUAUUUCAAACACGACACAAAGACACCGCUUCAGGACCUGUGCAUAGGGCUCUGUGUCAAGUACCUUGUCCGAUGGAAUGAUGAAACAUUGCCAUGGAAACGAGAAGGUUCACGACCUCUUUCAGUUCAUGACCUUGAACCUGACCUUAGUUUCGGCUAUAAUAGCUCUGAAUCCCUUCCAAACAAAUCAUGUGCAGUCAGUCCACUGGAAAGUCACAUGGAAUCCCUUCCAUCAUUUUUAGAAUCUCAGAACUUAGCUCUAUUUUAUGACAUUGAGUCCAAAGUGUCUGUUACCAAGGUAAUUGGAGUACAGAAUGAUACAGCUAAGUCACGCCUAGCACGUAAAGGAAGUGGCAGUAGCUAUGGCAGCUUCCACGGUGGUGGUGACCGUUACAUCAAGAAUGAGAAGCGACGAAGCAUCAAGAAAAAGAGUGCAAUAGAAAGUAAGAUAGACAGUGACGGGGACGAUUUUACUUCUGGGAUUGUUGAUGACUUUGCAGGGUGUUCAGAGACACGAACUGGCUCAUACAUCGAGUCGUAUAUCGAUUGAUUUGUUGAGAUCAACAUGCAUAUAACUGUAUGUAAUGUGUUCUUGUGUACUUGACACAGCUGAUCCAGAGUGAAAGGGUCUUCAAACUCAUCAUGUUUAUUAUCAUUCUUCAUAUUCAUCAUCACCGUAUUAUUUAAAAAUCUUAAUGUUAAUGUGUUUGUAUUGAUAAUAGUUCAGUUUUGUAUUCUACCAAUAAACAUGAAGAUCUAUUAUAGAUUAUAUGCAAAUGUUGUCCAUUUCGUUGCCGGAAUAGAUACACAAUUCUUUCCUUUUUUCCUGUGACUGUCAUUAUCUUUGGUGAUGAUCUCGAGAUUAAGCCAUCAUGAUAUACUGUUUUACAGAUUAGAACUAGUAGGACUGAGCAAUUCUAUACCUAUUGAAAUUAUUGAGACUAAUGUAUUAGUAGUGACUUUGGUGCAAUGCUAUUUUUACUGAAGAAAUAUACAAUGCUACAGAGCAAUAAUGUUAAUUCAUUAAAAACUUCGCAAGUUUUAUCAUUUUGUGAUUCACCUGCUAGGAUAACUAUGAUAAUACCUACACAAAAACAUUCUAUUGUAAUAUUCUACUGUGUGGUGGUAAUAUUCUGUGGUUAAAGUUUGGGACAGUUUACUGACAAUGUUUCUGUGAAUGCUACACUUUGCAAGACAAAUAAAUAUUCAUUUUCUGUGACUUUAACUGUAUUGACUUAAAAUAUAUCCAAAUUAACUGAGUUAGUUACAUUGUACAUUCAGUACAUUGUUUUUCUAUAUCAGGAAUCAGUGUUAGAAUUGAUUUCCUAAUGGGUAGUAAGUCCUGGUAUCCUGCAUUAUUGUGGUUGUCUUACAAUUAGCAGGUCAUAGAUUUUCAGUAUAAAAUGAGAUGUUGAUUGGAUAUGAUAAUGUGAUACUUUUUAUCUGUACUAUGUUCCACUUUUAGCUUAAGCUUAUCAGAAAUCCAUGAACAGCAAAUUUGCCUCUUAAAAAGCAAAUCAAAAGAUAACUAGUUGAAAAUAACAGAUUUCAAUGGAAGACAACAUGUCUUUUAUCAGCGAGUUUGAUUAUGUGUGAACAAUGAAGUCUUGUGAUCAUCUCAGUACCAAUACAGAUACAAAAGGAAAAGUUUGCUGAGGUCCAAAACUCCAGGCACAAAAAGUUUGCUACUGUAUAUAACUUACAAAACAUCUGAUAAUAACUGACAUCAGAUUCAUUUUCAUCAGCCUGUAAUUUUUGCCCACCAGCUCCUUUGCAGGACAAUUAAUGUACAUGUAAAGGCUACUGGUUAAAUUCUCGUCCAAUUUGUGCCUUUUCAAAUGGUACUGAUUCAAAAGUGAUGAGAUUUAUUACAUUUCAUGCAUUAAUUCAUAUGUAGCAGUGUCUAACAAAUGAUAAAUGUAUCAAGAUUAUUGUCCUGUAGUGUGCAUGCAUAGCUGUCCUUGAAGGAAAGACAAAAAAAACAUUUCAACAAUUAGCUUCAUGCAACAAAUGCAAUCUUCACCAGAUUUCAAGCAAUUAUACAUGAAAGAUAGCUGUAUGAUAUUAGAUAUUGACGUCAUCACACUAGCCGAAGUGACAGUCAGCAUAAUACAUCAGACGUGCUUACAAAGCUGAUAGUUGUGGUGACAGUUACACCUGUAAAUACACUGUUUUGAUAAAUGUCUGUACCAUAUUUUAGCUGAAAUGUUAAAAUGUCUUGUUGAGAUGUGUAAAUACAGAGUAAGGAUAACGUUAAAGGAUAAGCAGAUGUAUGUGAGAGUUUCAUUAAAAAUGUAUGUUUUUGUGUUCAGCAUUACUUCUCGGGUUUGGAAGUUGAAAAACGUUCAGAUUGUGCUGUUAAAGUUGUAUCAAGGAAAGGUAUUCAUUUGGGUUGGAAGCCAAUAAAUGAAAGUUCAGUCAAUCUAUUUUCAUUGAAGAGAUUGAUGUGUAAACAUGUUUACUGCCUACUGUUUAAAAUUUACAUAUUCUAAAGGUUUUAGAUAAUUUUUAAUGAAUUUAAUCAUUCUUGAAUAUUUUAGUUUAAGGCAUGCUUCGUUAAAGCAAAGAAAAUUUAUACAUCCCUGUAUAUAGAUGCUUGAAAAUGAUGUGACAAGGAAUGUAUAGAAAUAGGCCUAUAUAUACAGUGUAGUAUGUCCUUAAGUUGACAUGAUGAUACAUAGUGUUGUUAGCAGUUUGUACUAUAACGUUUAGCAUGGCCAUUAGACAUCUACAACUGUACAUACCGUAGAGAUUAAACACAGGGCCUGUGUCUCCAGUAUGCUAAUGCCCUUUUUUCUCAACAUAUUGCAUGUAAAGUGCAUCUGCCUUAACUAGAAAAAAAAGCACCAUAAAUAGAUAUUUAAAAAAACAUUGAAGCUUUUAUCUAUCUUUUUAUAUUGCAUUAUUAUAGUACAGUUAAUUAAGUAUUUAAUAAUUAGUUGCUUAUAACAGGGGUAAUGCAGAAGGUAAAUACUGCUGUGUUGACAUUGGCCCUUUUGAUGUAUACCACAGGUUGUUGUUAUUGUGAAACAUAGGUCUAUAUAUUUUAGAUCAUAACAAUAUUUACAUUAUUUUUAUAUCUUACUCUGAUUAUUUCAUGAAAGUUAAAACAUGUUCACAUUCACAUUUAAAUUUAUUGGUACACAAAUGUGUCAAUUUGCUGUUGAAAUUUUGUAAUUUUAUUUUUAAACCUAGUUAUUCAUGAAUAGGUCUAAAAAUAUAUUUGUCAAUGUUAUUUAAUAGAAAAAAUAUCCAUUGUUGUCAGAUUUUUGAUGGUGGCUCAACAUUCAAUGCUUUCGUUCUGUGAUAUUUGUAUAUAAAAGAGGUAAUUUUAUAUAGAUGAUUUACAUACAUGGUAAAUUUUGAAACUGCUGUAAGGUCAAAAUGGUACCAGUAUACUAUUGGCAUUUUGUCAGGUUACUGAUGCACCACACCUGUAUGACAAAAAUAUCACGUUUCGAGAGACGCAGAAAAUCUGUCAUAAAAAAUGGAUUCAUGUUAAAAACCUAUAUGGCAAAAAAUAAAAUCUGUAUCGUUAAAAUUUGUCUAUGUUUCUUGUUUUACAUUUAAUUUAAUUUUUUUUCUUUCUUAAACAAUGGAUCAAAAUCAAACAUCCAUGUUUUGUAUGGUAUGGUAAGAAAUUCAUUAUGAUUGCAUGCCGCAGGACCUAAAAAGUCAUAUUCUUGUCGACUACUGAUUAAAGGGGACUUUCCAGAGACUUAUGUUUUAUGUGAAUAGUAAUGUUGGACAACAUAUUGGGAAUCUAUGACUGUAUGAAAUUGUAUAUCAUGUACAGUCUUCAAAGUACAUUGUGUUGUCUACUGAAAAGAACAAUAUCGUGAAUACCUGUAUAUUAAAACCAGAACUUCUAUCACUGUUGGUGUCCAGCACACUUCAGAUUUCAACUUUUGUUUAAUUUGUAGGAUUAUCAUAAAUCAUUUACCCUGCAUAUAUAAGUGUAUUUAUUGUGAACUACUUAUCUUAACAUUGCACCUUGAUUCAUCUAUAAGAAAAUAAAUACAUCAACAGCGUGUAGAUAUCAGAAACUUUAUUAUAAAAUGAACUAAAAUGUACCCGUCAAAACCAAAAAGUGUCUUAUAGAUUUUGUUUUUGUUUUUUUUUGUAAAGAGAUAUACAUUGUAGAAUGAGGCAAUGGCAUUGGAAGACAGGAAGGAUGAUUGUGAGAAAUCCAGAUACAUACAAAUGUGAUAUCUUAACUGCAUUGCUCUUCUGGAACCAGAGUUAAAAGAAAUUUCGGAUUUGGUAUUAAAGCCACCCAGUAAUAUUCAUUCUUUCAAAACCAUGAAGAGUACUAAGCUUGAAAGUGAAAUCAGUUGUAAAACUUACUUAAUUUAAAAAGAAUUUAGAUUUUCAAGGUUUGUUUUAUCUGUUAAAUUGCCUUAUAGUCAUGUCAGGAAUCGGUACAUCUUACAAUUGGUGAAGCAGGUCUUAAAUUCUCAAUUUUGUUGCCAAGUCAAUAAAGAGUUGAAGCCAAGACUUUAAAAUCCAUGUACCGGUUUCGGAUGUGUUGCUUAUUGAAUCAUGUGUAGAAUGUCAUUCUUUGUAAAUUUUUACCAAGCAAUAUUUUACCAUGUCAAUAUUGAUUAAAAUAUUUUCAAAUUAAA